AGCUUAAUUUGAUUUCAUGGCAACAGGGGCAAAUGGACCUAGUAUAGCAAGCAACGACUUACAGUGGUAUUUUUCACAAGUCAAAGGAACAGUCGAGGAAGAUAUAACUGAUGCUGAUAUCAUAUCAACGGUACAGUUUAAUCACGAUGGGGAAUUUUUAGCAACGGGCGACAAAGGGGGCAGAGUAGUAAUAUUUCAAAAAGAUUUAGGGGCUAAAGGGGAAUAUAGUGUAUAUAGCACAUUUCAAAGUCACGAACCUCAAUUUGAUUAUUUGAAGAGUUUAGAAAUAGAAGAAAAAAUUAAUGAAAUACAAUGGUUAAAACGUCAGAAUAAUAAUUUAUUCUUAUUAUCAACUAACGAUAAGACUAUAAAGUUAUGGAAGGUAUCAGAGCGUCGGUAUAGACUGGAUGGUUUUAACCUGUAUGACGAGUAUGGAGCGCAGCGUGAUCUACGUUCCAUUAACACAUUGCGCAUUCCUCAUUUAGUCCCUGUCAAUGAACUUACUGUUGAAGCUACCCCUAAAAAGUUAUACGAUAAAGCCCACAUGUAUCACAUAAACUCGAUAUCGUUAAACAGUGACGACGAAACUUAUUUGUCGGCAGACGAUUUGCGUAUAAAUCUGUGGCAUUUAGACUCGACAACCGAGUGCUACAAUGUUGUUGAUAUCAAACCUGUUAACAUGGAGGAAUUGACCGAGGUUAUAACUGCGGCAAAGUUUCACCCUCAGCACUGUAACUACUUCGUUUACAGUAGCAGCAAAGGAACCAUCAGACUCUGUGACAUGAGGGCUCAAGCUCUCUGCGACCAACACGCUAAGAUGUUCGAAGAGCCCGAAGAUUCGACAACAAAGUCCUUCUUCUCGGAGAUAAUAUCUUCCAUAUCCGAUGUAAAAUUCUCAUCUUGUGGCAGAUACAUGGUUUCUAGAGAUUACCUUACUGUCAAGCUUUGGGAUCUGAACAUGGACAGCAGACCUAUUGAAACAUACAACGUUCACGAGUAUCUACGAUCGAAACUGUGCUCUCUCUACGAAAACGAUUGCAUCUUCGACAAGUUCGAAGUUGUUUGGGGAGGACCAUCAAACUCAAUCCUGACAGGUUCAUACAACAACUUCUUUAGAAUCUUUGACAGAACAAACAACAAAGAUGCGUGCUUUGAGGCGAGCCGAGAAUCAGCCAAGCCCAAAACUCAGCUGAAGCACUGCAAAGUAGGAGUUGGUCCGAAGAGAAGAAAAGAUGAGAUAAGUGUGGAAAUGCUGGACUUCAAUCACAAAAUAUUACAUGCCCACUGGCAUCCAACUGACAAUGUUAUAGCCGUGGCUGCUACUAAUAAUUUGUACUUAUUUACGGGAAAAUAAUGAUAGAUGUAGAGGGGCUUUUACACUUUCCUAAUUAUGCAGAAUUCGGAAUGUAUAAUUUAUUUGUCCGUGCUAUUUCCCCUAGAAGUUGAAAUUGAAGAACAAAGAUUGAUCGCUUCAAGACAAAUAUCGUCAGUCAUAGCAAUACUGCGAUAAAAAGUAACUGCAGUUGCAGUGACUGUCUUGGAUAUGAAGUUAUGUCUGCACUCGAAUUAGUUUUGUGUUUUGCGACGGAAAUGAACCGAGUCCAGACUCUCCAUACUGAUGAUUAUUACGUCAAUUGGAUACUGGUUAAAUCAAUGUAAAUCGUUUGAAUCUCUGGAUGGGUUCUGAAUUAGUCUGUGAUUAAGCACACAUGCGAUUUUUAAUUAUUUUAGACGUUUCUUGUGGUUUAAAUGCUCGAGUCACUCUGUAAUAUGUAAGACUUGUACUAUUCUGUGCUGAUAUUUCCAACGCUUAAUAACAAUAAAUACCUGAGAGUAAACCGUACAAAAUAAUGGGGGGGGGGCCAACCAUAUUAAAGUAUAUCCCCGGGUCAAAAUCGGAAAAAAUCCUACAUUUUAAUAUACUUUAAUAUACCUACAAUUAGAAGAUUUAUAUUCUUCGUUAAGAUUUACAUGAUGAACUAUAUUUUUCACUC